AUGGUGAUGCCCUAUCUCCCUGAAUACGAGGGGCACGAGCCGCAGACCAAAUUGACUCCUGCGGUGGCUCCCUUCGCUGGACGACUGGGAGGGAACCAGGAUUUUGUAGUAGAUCGCAGUGAUCCGCGCAAUGAUAAGGUCCUGGAGAAGGUGCCAGACGCGGCUCCAUGGAUGUCGCUGAGCGAAAUCUUGGACCUGCGUGGAUUUUUGAGUUUGGAUCUCUGGAAGUUCGCUUUCCUGGAAUGCAUUGCCAGCAUGAUGAACGUCUUUAUCUCAGCAUGGGUCACCCUCCAUGCGCCCGCCGCCGUCGAAGCCCCAAAAACCGAAGUGGGCAUCUACCAUACGCUGACCUUCUUUUCGCCCCUGUUCGGCGGGAUCACCAAUCUCCUGUUGACGCCGUUGCUCAUCUAUACCUUUGCGCCGUCGAGCGGCGGCCACAUUAGUCCCACCAUCACUCUAGCCACGUUGUUCGCGCGGAUUAUCUCGUUCCCUCGGGCGAUCCUAUACAUGGCAGGCCAGACCCUUGGGGGCGCGCUAGCGGGAUUCGCCAUACACACGGCCUACGGAUCCCGGGAUUUCACCGUCGGAGGUUGCCAUGUGGACACCUCCCUAGUGCCGGUGAACGCCGCCCUCAUCAUCGAGUUCUUCGCCUGCUUAGUGUUGAUCUUCCUCGCGUUUGGCGUGGCCCUGGAUCCCCGUCAGGCGAAAAUCUUCGGGCAUGCCGCAGGGCCUUGGUUGGUUGGUGUCGUACUGGGCGUGGUCUGUUGGGCGACUGCCUUCACGCGGCCGGGUUAUAUUGGAGCUAGUCUCAAUCCAGCACGUUGCUUUGGCGUUUAUGUCGCGUCGGAGUUCCCCGGCUAUCAUUGGGUUCAUUGGGUGGCUCCUCUCGCUGCGGCUGCAGCUCAUGGUCUAGUAUAUCUCAUUGACCCCCUCUGGAGUGAUCCCCGUUAA